GUCAUGGUUGCCAGGCAACCUGGUGACAACAUUUAAAGCCCUAUCCUAGAGACUAUAUAAGGCUGAUAGGUGAGCUUUUUUUGUUGUUUUUUUUUUGUUUGUUUUUGUGUUGUUUGUUUUGUUUGUUUGUUUUUGUGCUGUUUUUUGUUUGUACUUUUGUUUGUUUUUUGUUCUUUUUUUUUUUAUCAAAAAGAGAUACAUUCACUAAACUUUAAAAAUUGAUACAUUGUGGCCAAAAUAGCUUUUGAGUUUGGAAAAAGAAAAUGCAAUGUUUAGUGAAUAAACCUCUAUAUUUUCACAUGUCUGUUCAUCAGAGCAAUGCAUAUUUCUGGUUUAUUUUUUUUUUAUAAGGAAAGGGCUUCAGGGCUGAAAGUGGGGCAUUGUUUACACCCCAAAUCUGCAACUAAGGACAAGGAAACCAUAUUGUUUUCCUUAACAAAAUUUAGGGGUGCAUAUUAAUUAAAAUAAAAAUUGUUAUAAAAGUCAGUAGUUUUUUAAAAAUUCUUUUUAUAAAAUUGUUUUCUUUUUAUGACACGUACAAAUAACAUACAAUUCAAUUUAUUUGAAUUAGAUUAUGUCUAUAAAUUAUACAUAUAUCAGACAUAUAAGUACAAACAUUUAUCAAACAACAUAUAUCGCAUUGAGUGUAUCUAACUGUGGAUCGGCGGGUUCUAAUGGCUUUUAUCCUUUACUCUAUCUAAACGAUAUCAAUUUCUUGUACACGGGAGUCCAGUGAUAUUAAUUUCUUAAUCAGAUCUUUCAUCUCAUUAAUAUUUUAAUGUUCAUUAAUCGCCAGCUCCAUUCGUUAUUGAAAUAAUAAUUGAUUUAUUAUAUUUUUCCAUAUUGGGACGUUUUUAGGUUUCCAGUUUCUGGCUAUUAGAAUUUUAAAAGCUACAAAACAAUGUAUAAUGAAAUUUCUUUCCAGCUUUUUUAACUUAGGCCAUCUCAAAUGUAAUAACUUAGAAUAUAAUAAUAAAUUUCUUUCCAGCUUUUUUAACUUAGGCCAUCUCUGGCGCAAUCCUAAGUCUAUAUUCUAUCAUUUUAUAUAUAAGAACAAAAAUCCAUUUCCAUUACAUCUUUAUUUCAGUACAGCUCCACCAGAUAUGUAUGUAUAAACCUCUACUCUUUUCACACCUCCAGCAGAAAUCACUUGACAAAGUAAACAUUCUAUCUAUCCUUGAAGGUACCAGCUACCACUUGUUAAUAAGUUUAUAUUGAGCAUCCUGGAAGCUUAUACAAUGAAUAGCUUCCCUCGUCUCUAUUAAUGAUUUAUACCAUUCUAUAUUUGUGAUUUGAAUAUUUAAUUAAUUUCCCCAUUUUAAUAAAGCAUUAAUUUGGUCCUCAUUUUUAUUAAUUUUGAUCAUACUCAAUGCUUUGGAGAGAACUUUAUAAACUUUAUUUUGGUUAAAAAUACUACGUAAAUCCUUAUUUAUUCCUGUUUUACUAAACAUUAAAUGUUGCUUCAAUGUAUACUUUACUCUUAAGUAGUUAAAAAGCUCAGAUGAAGGGAGAUUAACGGCGUUAGAGGAGGCGUGAAAUAUUGUGUCUUCAAAAACAAAAUGAAGGGAUGUACUUUAAUUAAAAAUGUUAAGAAUCUCAAUACUAAAGUUUCUCUUUUUCAACAAGAUGGAAUGUUUUUGUGUAAGUAGCUUUGUGUUGUUUUAGAAUUUCGCUGACAUUCCAAAGCAUUCUAAACAUGUAAGAUUUGCUCACUUAUAGGGAAAUUAUAAAAAAGAGGCAAAACUCAUCUGGCAUGCAAAUACAUUGAUUUCCUAUCAACAAUCACAAAUGAAUAUAGAAGGAUAAAGGCAACUAUAGCAGGACCUGGGUAACCUUGCUGGUUAUCCCCUUUUGUUAGAGUAGGUCAGACCCAUUUCCCCAGUAACUGGACAGGACACAGUUCCAGGAUACAAGCUUUGACAAUGUUUAUUUGGGCACACAACUUUUUAUGCACAGACCCUCCAACACAACACAAACCACAUACAGGAGGGGGCUGGGGAAGAGAUAACCAUCUCCCGCUCUGGAAGAUCCUAACUAGACACAGGGACACGCAUGAGUACAUUUUACAUUCAGGCGGGUACACUUUGGGGCACCCCGGGACGGGAAGAGGUUACAGGGUUAAAACUUACAUAGCUAAAUAGCCCCGGUUCCCCUCUGGGACCCCUGCAAAAAGCGUGGUGAACGGAUGUACAGAGGCGGAAAUAUCAGCAUCAAAGUCUAGGGCUCAAGGCUCUGUACAUCCCUGAAAUCAGUUCCAUGGUGUUGCUUGGUUUAGUCCGGCGAAUUCAAACUUUGCACCUAGACCAAGCAACAACCAAUCAGCCGUAAUGGCGCGAACCAAAUCGUGCCAAUCAGCGUUAGGGGGAGGGAGGAGUUUCACCGUCCAACCCAAAGGAAGGGCGCAAAAUUAGGCUGCACCAAUCGGCCAGUGGUAACCCUGCAGCCAUGAGACCGACUCAGAGCCCCAGGGACUCUAUGCUGUUGUGCGUCCCACUCUCCGGUGGAUAUCCCCACGCAGGUAUCCACCAGAGAGAGCACUCUCCUGGGCAGCCACGAGUGUAGCCUCGUAGCUCCCAGGUAAGGGAUGAGGGAUUAUAGCUCCGUUGGGGAGUAGGUAGGAUAAGGAAAGAAGGGAUGAUUAAUUAUAGCUCCGUUGAGAAGGGGGUAGGGUGGUCCCUGACACCGGGAUCAAAGUCAGUGUACACAGGCUGGUUUGGGAGAUGAAUGCUCCCCGUGUGGGCAUUCGGUGAUACGAACCGGUGGCCAUCCAGGGGAAGCACGCGCCGCUCGUUAGCGAGGUGUGAAUGUUCUAAUUGGAGUAUAGGGGUAGUUCGUCACGGUUCGGGAGACGAAUGCUCUCCCUGGUGGACGUUCGGUAAUACAAACCGGCGGCCUCCCAGGGGAAGCACACGCUGCCUGUUCCCUUGCAGUCUGUGGUUUUUAUCAACAGGCCUUUAACCUUGAGAGGAGUCUUAAUAAGGAAGUGGUACAGAUUUACUGAUAGGGUCACUUUAAAGCAGGGGUAGGCACUCCAGAUGUUGUGGACUACAUCUCACCUAAUGCUCUUAGAGCCAUAAUACUGGCAAACCAUCAUGGGAAAUGCAGCCCACAACAUCUGGAGUGGUGAAGGGUGCCUACUUAAUUGUGUGACAGUUCUUAUUGAUAUAUUAAAAUUAUUUAAUAUUUUUGGGUAAACUUUUAAAAUGAUGUAAUAUUUUGAACAACAUGUUAAUAUUGUGUGUUGUUUUUUAAAAAAAAAUAUUGAUUUUUUAUAUAUAUAUAUUAAUAUGUUGAAAAAAUUAUUUUAAAAGUUUGUCUAAAAAAAAUUAAAUAAUUUGAAAAACCUUAUCCAAAAAUAUUAAACCAAUGCCGUAGUCUGUUACAUAAACACAAUCUUUAUUUAGAGCACUUUAUGUAUGCUCCUAUAAUAAAGUGUAUUUGGAUAUUUACUAAUGUGAGAAUUCACAGUGAGUUCAAAGUAAAUUUCAAAUAAGACUAAAGUAGCUGAACUGACAUAGAGAACGUAUUUUGGAAUUCACUUUGAAUUCACUUUGAAUUCUCACUUUAGUGACUAACCCCAUACUUUUUCCCAAAAGCAGGGCAAAUUAUUGUAAUUAUGCUAGUAUUUCCUAGUAUAACUCAUUCAGCUUAAUUUUUUAUGGCUGUCUCUGCUUUAACAGAAUGUCAGAGCGCUUGUUUUACAGACCUGGGUACGGGUCUCUCAUAAACUCCGAUGGACACGGGGAGGUGUGGAUGGAUAUUGACCCUAGCUCUAAGUUCAAGCAGUACGGCUGGAGAUGCACCACUAAUGAGGAUUCUUACUCCAACAAAACCCUCAUGGGCAACUGGAACCAGGAUCGGUAUGAUCUCUGUAAAUUAAAGGAAAGGAAACCCAUGCCCUCCCAGGUACGUGGCACAAAUACUGGUGUGUGGUUUCGGCAGAGGUAUUUUAAUAGCAGAAACUAGAAGAUCCCUUUUCCAAACCAAAUAUGAAUGUAUUCUGUAUAAUAAUAAUAAAAAACGCCUGUUAUCUGAUUGACUGAUGCUUCUACUCACAUCAUAUCAUAUUUUCUUUUCAAUUUGACAAUUUUUAUAAUUUUUCUCCCCUCUUAUUUCUCUUAUGGAAGAGUGUAUUGGUCCAAAAAACAGUGUAAACACCUGUGCUAGAAUAUGGUUUGAGAAAAAUUAAAGGUGUUGUACCCAGGGUCUUUGCAUCCUAACCACUACAUAAAUCAAUUAUAAACCCUUUUAUUUUCAAGUAGUUUGCAGUAUGCAAUCUAGUCCAUAAAGAAUCCUUUACCCUCAUUUAUAUAUUUUUUUUGAUGAACAUCUUGUAGAGGAAAACAGUACAGGAAGUUUCACUGGAUCAUGUUAUUCUUAUAGACAUGAAGGGGGAUCUGUCCUUUCACUGCCAGCAUUACAUUGACAUUCCAGAGAUUGAUAGGGAUUGCUAUAGCAGUUUUAAAUACCUUUAUUUUAGAAAUGUAUGAAUAACUGUAUAUACUGUUUGUGGGCAUUAGAGAUGCAGAUAUUUUUACAUUGCGUUGCCAUUUUGCAUUUUUGCUUCCAUACUAACAUUUCAGACCCUGUGUGAAAUGUUGAAACAUAAAAGACACUGUAUACGGUUUACGGCUGUUCAUUUCUCAAAUAUUUUUAUAGAGGUUAAUUAAAAAAGUGAAAAGUGUUUUUAAAUUUUAAGCUUGUCUGCAAAGCAAUCCAUACACAAAAUUGCUAUGUUUAACGAAAUGUUUAUGCUAGCUAUGCAUUUCUUGCUACAAAUAAAAGUUAUGCUAAUAUUUUUUUUUUUUUUUUUUUUUAUGCUAAUAUUUUUUUAAUCAAAAAGUGCUUGGUAGUGCAGGGGUUAAAGAGGAAAUCUGCCAAUCAUUACGGCACCUUGAAAGGAGAGCAGAAAAGCUUCCUUGUGCCCAAGAUUGAUGUUUGGCUCACACAUGGGAGACUCUUUACCCACUUAGUGUAUAGAUGUCUAAUUACAUUAUAUAUACCCUGAAUAGAAUUUGGUGUUACCGUAUUGAACUCAGGAGUAGUUACAAACAAGAAACCCAUGGAAUUCGAGUAGGGAUCAACUUAUGCAGACAUGUCACAUCAGUCAGCUUCAACUCAUCUUUUCACACUAAGUCAUGUAAUAAAUUCAGGUCCUGCUAUCAUUUAAUAUAAUUUUUAAGCACAUAUUUCUAGUUACUAAUAAACCUCCUACGUCUUCUGUUUCAGUUUGCCCAUUAUUAUCAAACCUCCCACUCUGUUGAGUACCCCAAGAAAGAUACCUCUGUCAACAGGCAAGGUAAGUGUAAACCUCUACAGAAAUGUAAUUCACUUUCAGUUCUUCACCUUCUUCUAUGCUCUUACUGAAGGUCCCAUCCCAAAACCUGGCAUUUCCUGUCCAGGGUACCAUUACUGGACCUUUCUUAUAGUUUAACUAUUACUAUUUGAGCCAUCCUGCUAUCUUUCACAUAGGUUGACAACUGUUUACUAAACCUCUUAGGGCUAACCCCUGUCUGUGGUAUCAAUCUGAGCCCCUUGGGUACUUCUAGUGCUCCACUAAAGGGGAACCCCAAGUCCCCUAUUAUUAUUGGAGAGCAAAAAAUGGGUCGCAAGAGUAUUCUGAGGACGGACAGCAGCUAAAAUAGCCUGCCCUACGGUGGGUCCCCGCUCAGAACUCAAGCUGGUUUUAGCUCAUCUUGUGCCAUUACAGAGAGAACAUAUCUGAAGCAUAUCAGACUGGUCCCACCCAUACGGGCAGUCCAGAUCCGAAAUGCCAGCAAGUUCUCUCUGCACGAGAGAUACAGCAACCCCAGACGAUCGUUUCAGCCUUGUUAGGCAUUGUCAGUGAGGCAUAGCUGAUAUCUCUCUAGGCACCAUGAGCAAGGGGUCCACGUCUGGAUUACCCUUUAAACUAAUGGAGAGCAAGAAAUGGGUCGCAAGAGUAUUCUGAGGACAGACAGCAGCUAAAAUAGCCUGCCCUUCGGUGGGUCCCCGCUCAGAACUCAAGCUGGUUUUAGCUCAACUUGUGCCAUUACAGAGAGAACAUAUCUGAAGCAUAUUAGACUGGUCCCACCCAUAAGGGCAGUCCAGAUCCGAAAUGCCAGCAAGUUCUCUCUGCACGAGAGAUACAGCAACCCCAGACGAUCGUUUCAGCCUUGUUAGGCAUCGUCAGUGAGGCAUAGCUGAUAUCUCUCUAGGCACCGUGAGCAAGGGGUCCACGUCUGGAUUACCCGUAUGGGUGGGACCAGUCUGAUAUGCUUCAGAUAUGUUCUCUCUGUAAUGGCACAAGAUGAGCAAAAAUCAGCUUGAGAACUGAGCGGGGACCGACCGAAGGGCAGGCUAUUUCAGCUGCUGCCCGUUCUCAGUAUUCUCUUGCGACCCAUUUUUGACCCCCUAUUAUUAUUAUUAUUAUUGGUAUUCAUAUAGAGCCAAUGUAUUCUGCAGCGCUUUACAAUAUUAUGAAACAGAGAAAUUUAAACACAAUGAGACAAUUACAAAAUUAUUCAGGAACAAUAGGUAGAUGAGGACCUAAGCCAGAAACCGAGAAGUAUAUAACAAGGUAGCAGGAGCUGGUAAGGUAACGUUUUUAUUGCUGGACCAAGAGCCCAAAAUACAGCAUUUGUUUAGUCACUUGUGUAUGAAGUACAAGGUGGCAAGCAGGUAGAAUAUGAUCAGUUAGUCACGUGACUAAUUCUGGCCUUUCGUUGCCGUUUCAUGUUGGGAUGAAUCUCACAUAACAAUAUAGACAUGUCGAUUCUGCAUUGUCAGCGUGGCUCAGUCCUUUGUUUGCCAAACCUUCCGAAGCAGAUCACCGGCCAUGAUAUUAGAACAUUUAAUGAAGCAUUCGCUGGACUUGUAGAAGAUUGAAAUAUUCUAGUUUAUUCCCUUAACUGUAACCGUCACAAAAAAACUUCCAGUUUCAUUUGUUACACAUUAAAGUUAAUGCAAUAGACUAAAAACGUUAAAUCUUAUACAUACUGUAUACUUAGAGUGCUCUCCUAUUUGCUCUAAUGUAAUUGAUAUAAAACACACAGUCUUGUUCUGGGUAUAUUGUUUAAGACUACAUAUGUCCCUACGUAGUAGCUCACGUGUAUGACUUUUCACGUUUUUAUAUUGUUUACAUGACAUGUGCUGAAUACGUUCUUAAUUUCAGUAUUUAUUACAUUAUUAUAUUUUUUGUUUCUUUUCUUCCACAACAGAGUGAAUAUUCAAUAUUCUUACACUAAAUGCUUUCAAGCAAUGUGACAUUAACUCAAUAUUUUUUAAAUGCCAUUCCUACAAACUAUCAGGAGCUCAGUAAUGUCACAUACAUAGUUUAAGAACAAUGAUACCAUGCCUACUACAAAUCGUACACUGUCUCAAUGACAAAGAGGAUAUACAUUGGUUUAUUUAUAUACGGGGAAGGUUAAGCCUUCCCAACCUUGACAUACACAUUCAUUUUUUUAUAUGCCGUGUCACGUCUACUGGAUUAUCAUUCAUAUAUUGUUUUCCCUUUGCAGUAUUCAAAAAAGAACCUCACAUAUUCCCAGGACAUCAGCCAGAACUGGACUCAACACAAGGCAAAAAUCUUAUGACGACCUGCUACAUGAUUGACUUCCAAAGGUGCUUACCCACUACCCACAAUGCAUUAAGCAAGAAGAUGGUCUUGUUUGCAUAAUAUAAAAAUUAAAGAGAAUUUUACUUAAGUCACAAGGAACUUCUUUGUCUUUUUCUUUCUUCUAAGGAUAUAUACUUAGACUACCUUCUUGUGAUAGAGGUAACGAAAGUGUCUUAAAUAGGAUUCUUCAGUGUUACAGUCUUCUGUUGCAGCAAAGGAAAGAGUCUACAAACACACGUAAUAAUGAG